AUGGCGUUGCGAUUAUCCAUCUGCUUUUUUACACUCUGCCUUUUAACACUAAUCUCUUCUUAUUCAUAUGGAACUCAACUUUUUCUGGUGAACAACUGCAGCGAGAGCAUAUGGCCAGGAAUUCUAGCCCACCAAGGCUACGCAACUCCUAACAAUGGCGGAUUCCAUCUCUCUCGUGCCCAACAAGUUCUCAUUGAGACACCCCAACACUGGUCUGGGCGAAUCUGGGGAAGGCGAGGAUGUUCUUUCGACAACAAUGGAGUCGGUUCGUGUCAAACUGGAGAUUGCGGUGGUCGCCUGGAGUGCCGAGGUGCUGGAGGCGAACCUCCCGCCACAUUAGUACAAAUGACGUUAGGGACUCUGCAGAAUCCGGUGCAUUACUAUGAUGUGAGUCUGGUUGAUGGUUUCAACCUUCCCAUUUCUAUGGUUCCGGUUGACUAUCCCUGUGGCGGUGAUCAUAGCUGUGGCACUGCUGCCUGCGAGGAAGAUUUGAACGCCGCCUGUCCGGCAUACUUGGCGAUUCAACAAGAUAACAAAGUGUUGGGAUGCCAGAGUGAUUGUCUGGCCACGAAAGCGCCUGAAUACUGCUGCACCAGUGUCUAUAGCAACACCCAAAACUGCAAACCGUCAAUUGCUGCAAGAGUGUUCAAGGCUCUUUGUCCCCGGGCGUAUUCUUAUGCUUAUGAUGAUUCCACUUCACUUAACAAGUGCAGAGCACUGCGGUAUGUGCUGACAUUUUGCCCUUCCAAGGCAUAA